AUGUGGCCAUCCAUCAGUGCACUAGUAAACGAUCAUGCAAUGGCGUUUGCUCCAUUGAUAUAUUGGAUUGUAUUUGGCGCUGCCAUGGUGUACUAUUGUAUUAAGCACCCUGUGUACCGCAACAGGAUCUCUUACAUCUGCCUCUUAGCUUCCAUCUUUGGUAUCAUUGCAUCUAUUCUGUCUAUCCUGUCAACAACGUGGGGAGCCAGCAUUGAACAGCCCGCCUAUUUCGUUUUCCAUGGCUUGUACAUCACAUUUGCUUUCCUGCCAUUUAUCGUUGCCUUCUAUACCCGUGAAAAACAAACAAAACAAAGCAAUGCUGGAAAAUACACUGCCUAUCUAGGGCUAUUAUGGGCUGCGGCAUGUAUCUUGGGAGGCCUUGCUACAACCAUCAUGGCUUCUAUUAUCGUACAUCAAGGCUAUUUUGAAAACGAAGGGUUGCUUAUAAGACUUUCUGGAGGUCUGUAUUUCCUAAUACUGAUGACUUGGGGCUUUAUCGCUGUCAUUCUUCUGUUGACCCUGAUCUACUUUAAGCGUCUCACUGAAAAACACGCUCGAAGCUCUGCGCUGACUUACGUGCUCCUGAAUUUGCUAUCGACACUGAUACUCACAAUCUUGGGAUUUGCACCUCUAGAGUUCAGCUUCUUUACUUUAAAUGCGCUUGGUUAUAUGAGCAUAUUCCUGGUAGACCUUCCUAAUACCAUUGCCGUCUUUGUUGCUUUCCACAUGGGCCACUGCUGGAUAGGCGACAACCAACGUCAUUUGAUCAACAAUGAUGUUCAUAAUAUCCAAAGCGAUCAAGCACAUCAUGAUGGCAACGUUGAUGCUAAUAAUAACGAUGGCUCCAAAUAUGAAUUAUCAAGCGGCGUAUAA